AUGAGUUUCACAGAGUGCAGUACCGAGAUCCUCCUACAGAUCUGUGAAGAGUUUUGCCAGCACUGCCAAGAAAAGCACCUGAAAAUUCCCAGACCAGACUGGUUCCAAAGGGACUCCUCUCGUCAAGCUCUCCUCAAUCUAUCGUCGACAGGAGGAGACAGGCAGCGUGAUGACAUCGUCAAGUUCUGCCGUACCAUCUCCAAUAACCCAGAGCUUGGUAAAUGUCUCCGAUGGGCCAAUCUCUCAGUAUUUGGGGCAAAGAUACACAGGGAAGUGAUCCAAGCUUGGCUACCGGAUGCUUUAGAAAAGGUCGGGCACCAUUUGGCUCUCGAUGUACCAUUCGGGCUCGAGCACUAUCCCAAUCGCGCCAUUUCGCCGCUUGUUCUGCUUAAAGCUCCAAAUAUUGAGCGAGUCGACGAUGACGGCAAGAAUCAGGGGUCAUUCUUUCACAUGCUUGCCUGGCACACCGGGACCGUGGUCCGCGAUGGUGCACUCCCGCAGAAUCUGAACAGCGUCCAGCUGGGAGGUUGGGUCUCUUCUUUCCAGGAGCAUGACGAGUUUUACCUAGAUCUUUCCUUUCGGGGCCUUGGGUAUCUACUUAGUUCUCUGCAGAAACUUCAUACCUUGACUAUCUACUGUCCAGGGUUUGAGGCUGGUGACGAUCGGGUGUUGUUUCAGCACCUGCGUGUGCUUCGGCUCGGUGAGUUUUUGAUGCGUCGAGACGAUUUUGAGAGACUAAUCUCGUGUACACCACUGCUUGAAGAGUUUGCACACUUUUACUUUGGUGUCUCAGCCGAGGUGAGAGGUGACACAGCAACCAUUCCUGAAAUUUGCAUGAUUUUGACACAGAGGAAGAAAACUCUGCGACGGCUUAUGCUUGAUGCCUCGUGUACAGUUGAUGAUCUUGACCAUCUAAGAAGGCUCGAAAAUCUGGAAGAGCUGAAGAUCUGGGCAGGGCCUUCGCUCACGCCUCAGCAGGAAUCGGAUCGUAUUGACAGCCAGGCCCUGGUGGAUGCGCUGCCGCCAUCGCUCCGGAAGCUUCAUGUGAAGGUAAAGAUUCCAGGUCUGGACAUGGCUGGUGAGGCUUUGAUGACAUACAUCUCAUCGACCUAUAGACGGUCGCGCGACGAGCAGAAGUUGAAGCAAGUAUACUUUGACGUCUAUGAAGAGCCAGCUCGGCGGUACAUUCCUUUUAAGAAAACUCUUGAAAAGAGAUGUCGGGAGUGGAUCAAACAUGGGACUGUUGUGUUUAGCGUGAGGAGAUUUGCUUGGUAUGACAUAGGAGAUUGGGGGUCUGGAGAGGGCACCGUUGAUGAAGAGGAUAACAGGGACUUGUGA